AAUCGACUUCCAUAAAGAGAAAGAUGUUUGCCUCUGGGAAAUGCAAUAUAUACCAACUUAUAAUUCCCAAACUGCACUGCUUCCCAAAACUGCUGCUGCUUCUGUCUUACACUAAAAGGUUUGAAGUCAAACAAACGCCAAGAUGUCAGAGAAAAAGAUGUCUUCAAGUCGCAAGCAUCAUCUGAAGAGUUUGAUGCUGUCCAUAGCCAAAGGUUUACUGGAAGAGGAGGAGAAGGAGCUUGAGGUGGAGAGGACAAGGUACAUGGCAGAGAACUGUCCUCCUGUUUCCAUGCCCAGGAGCCUGCAGGAGCUGCAGGAGCUGUGCAGGGAGAUCCACCACAAGAUUGAUGUGAUCGAUGAGGAGCGAUACGACCUUGAGAUGAAAGUCAAUAAAUCCAAUAAGGAGAUUGACGACUUGAAGAUAAAAGUUCAAGACCUGAUGGGCAAGUUCAAGAAACCCGUCCUGAAGAAAGUUCGUAUGUCAGCUGACGCCAUGCUGAAAGCUCUGCUUGGCUCCAAACAUACCGUCAACCUGGACCUGAGGGCCAAUCUGAAGCAGGUCAAGAAGGAGGUGAAGGAGGAGGAGAAGGAACUGCGUGAUGUUGGUGACUGGCGUAAAAACAUUGAAGACAAGUCUGGUAUGGAUGGAAGGAAGAAGAUGUUUGAGGCUGAGGCUUAAAUCUGUGUCUGAUCAGACAAAAAACUGUAUCAGCUGUGAACAAAUUGGUUAAUCUGUUUAGAUAGCACAGAUUUUCUUUUUAAAUUAUAUUGUAAGCUGUAGAAACUUUGACAGAAUAAACAAGCUGCUGGAGGA